AUGUAUUUUUCAGAUAAUUGCAGAAGUCAGCCUUGCAGAAAUGGAGGUACAUGUUUUACUGAAUGCAGUCAAUGUUCCUACCAUUGCAUUUGUCCUGAAGAAUUCAUGGGCAAAAACUGUGAAGUGGCAAAAUGUUUUGAUGGAACACUCUAUGAAUAUUUUGAGACUGGAGAAAGCUGGGCAAGGAUCUUCCUAGGAAGAGUGGAACAAUGUACCUGUGUGAACAGUCAAAUCGAAUGCCAACAGGAACAGUACACAGAGUGUACUGUCAAUCCCUGCCUCCAUGACAGUUCUUGCAGGAGGAUUCUCUCCACUAACAGAACCGUCUGUGCGUGCAAACAGCCUUUCGUAGGAAAAUAUUGCAAUAUUGUUCCUAGCCAGAUGUGCUAUUCAGGUAAUGGAAUAAAUUACAGAGGCAUUGUGAAGAAGACGCUUUCUGGAAAUAACUGUCUGCCUUGGAAUUCAGAUUUACUUUACCAAGAUCUUAGUGCUAAUGUCAUUGAAAAUCCUGAGCAACAGGGACUGGGGUCAUAUUCAUACUGCCGAAAUCCAGAUGAUGAUGAGAAGCCUUGGUGUUAUUUCAUCAAAGACAGCACACUGUUUUGGGAAUACUGCAAUAUUACAGUAUGCACAAGCAGAGGGAGGAGGCCACCACCACCACCACCACCAGAAAUAUUUGAAGAUUUUGCUGUUGUCAAGUAUUCAUGUGGGAGAAGACAUAAGAAGCGAAACUUCCUAAGACCUCGGAUUGUAGGGGGAUCUUCUUCCUUGCCAGGAUCUCAUCCGUGGCUGGCCUCCAUAUACAUUGGAGAGAGUUUCUGUGCUGGAAGCCUUAUUCGUUCUUGUUGGAUAGUGACAUCUGCACAUUGUUUCGCUAACAGCCCACUGAAGUCAACUAUUCGAGUUGUUUUGGGACAGCAUUUUUUUAAUAAAACAACAGAUGUUACUCAAGAAUUUGAUGUAGAGAAGUACAUCAUGUUUCCUGACUACACAGUAUACAACCCUACAGAAAAUGAUAUUGCUUUAGUGAAGCUGAAAAAGACUAAACAGCACUGUGCAGUGAAGUCCCAGUUUGUCCGGCCAAUCUGCCUGCCAGAAAAUGGAAUGUCAUUUCCAGAUAAUUUCAAAUGCCAAAUUGCAGGAUGGGGUCAUUUAUAUGAAAAUGCAUCCAGCUAUUCUCACAUACUACAAGAAGCAUCAGUUCCUAUAAUACCUGAUUACAAGUGUCGUAACUAUGAUGUUUAUGGAGCCGAACUUAGUGACAAUAUGUUCUGUGCUGGCUACCUUGAUGGCAGAUCGGAUGCCUGCCAGGGAGAUUCUGGAGGACCAUUGACCUGUGUAAAGGAUGGGGUAACUUACCUGUACGGGAUUAUCAGCUGGGGAGAUGGCUGCAGCAAGGCUGGAAAGCCUGGUGUUUAUACGAAACUCACAAAAUACGUGGACUGGAUUAAUGAGAAGAUAGAUCGAACUCCGAAACCAUCCCAAAGCUCUGUAGAGUGAUGAUAUAUUUUACAUUUUGCGAAUGUUGUAGAGUAUCACAAUGGCUGUUUAUAAUGCAAGUGUUCUUAUAAAUGUGCACUUUGUUCUUUCUGUUUCUGCUGUGUCUAAUUUAGAAUAAUGGACUUGUUCUCAUGAAUAGUAAUUACGAGACAGUGGGAAGCCAUGGCCAGAUGGUAGUCCCAUCUUCUCUUUCUGCAAAUUGCCAGUUCAUCGUACACUGGAUUCUAAUUUUUUGUCCCAGUAUGCACUUUAAACUUGCUUAUGUUAAAUCUCAUUUGCCAUUUUAAUGUCCUGUUCCUUACUUUGGGCAUAUCCUUUCAGAGCUCUUCAUAAUCCUUUUUUCCACUCUAGGUAACAUCAUGUUGGAAUAUUAUCAACACACUGCAGAGCUCAGUCUUCAUGUGGGGUUUGGGGAAACCCUUUCGGAAGUCCAAAUAAGUACCGUAAUAUCUCUCUGAUCUCUCCUGUCCAUGUGUUUACGGAUACUUUAGAAGAAUGUGAUACAAUUACUGAGGGUUUUCAUAUUUCUGUUGUGCCAAACUGGAUUUAAAUUAGAUUAGAUUAGAUUAGGACACCAGGCCUCAUGACCACAAUACUGCCUAGACUCAUGGACUUCCUUUCUUCUUACCCCUCCCCAUUUGGUUAUACCAGUAAUUUAAUGAAGACUUCUGGAGAACUCAAAAGAUGUGUACUAUUUCAGAGAGCCCCAUUAAAAGUUUGUGUUUUUGUUUUUGUUUUAUUUUCAUGGAGUAGUGUGAAAAUAAAAAACUUUUGAGUUCUC